UUGUUAUAAAGCAGAAACUAACACAGCAUUGUAAAGCAAUUAUACAGUUAUACUUUGUAUAAUUAUACUCCAAAGAGCUAUUAAAAAGAAAAACCCAAAGGUAAUAAACAUUCAGAAUUCAUCACCCCCUAAUUAUUUUGCUACCUUUCACUAUUAUCUACGUUCUUAAGGUUAUUUACGUCUGUUGGAUCUAGGUGGUAGAAAUACUCUAUGUACAACUCUGUGACUGCAUCUCUCUUCCCAACUCUGAUUAGUGACAUCGCCUUGGUAGCUUGAAAUCAGGCCAUGGUGGGAGGAUGUGCACCAUGAAAAUGGGCAAACACUACACAUCAGGGCUCCCCCCCACCCCGCCUCAUUUUUGGAGAGCCAGUUGCUAAACAUUUAUCAGCACACCACUGAAUUGAGGGACAGAGAGGUUGUGACCUUCCCAAGGUCACCCAGCUGGAAAGGAAUAGAGCUGAAUUCAAGGCCAGGCACUGCGUCUCUGGUGCCCAGAUUCGUGCACCUCUCUGCUGAUUCUGCCCGAGACCCCAGUCACACAGUUGGGAUUAAAAGAUUGCCCCCCACACCCAUACACGCUCACCAUCCUGCUCCCUGGGAUAAGUGAGGGACAGUCGCGCUGCACCAGCCCAGCCUGCUCUCACCGCCUUGCCUCCUUCCUCCCCUCCCUCUAUCUCUUCUCCUAGGGGCUCAGGUCUGUGAGGGAACAGCCAGACCCUGUGAAUGUUUAGCUUGGCUGGCCACCUUAUCUGCCCACCCCCGGCCUUUGUCUGGCCAUCUGCCCGUCAGCUGUGGGAUUGCCUUCCAGGAGGAGGAAUCAGGGGCUGCCUCACCGCAUGACCUAGCGACUACCCUGCGUUGCUGGACUCUUUAUCCCCCUGAGACCUCGAAGGCCCCUCCCAUGCUGGUAGUGUCAUUCCCACAGGGUCCUCUGAGACUCUGCUGCUCUAUUGUUCUGGAAGAACAAAACCAGGUCACAUCACUCCUCUGCUCUGGUGUUUUCCUUUCUCACCCGUAGAAGCCACAGUCACCACAGUGAGCCACAAGGCCCUACCCAAUCUGGCCUUUUCCCCAGGGUCCCUCUGCUCCAGCCACUCUGGUCUAUUUGUUGUUCCACAAAUAUGCUAAGCACAUUCCUGCCCCAGGGCCUUUGCACUUGCUGUUCUCAACCCAAUAUUUGCAUGAUUUGUCUCCUCCUCUCCUCCAGGUCUUUGCUGAAAUGUCACCUCUGACCUUUCUAUUUAAAAUGUUAACAUCUGUUUUCUUUUUCUCACACACUUUUCCUAUCUCCUGUUUCUGCCCUUUUUCCCUCCUUAGCAUGUGUCACCCCUUGACAUACUAUAUUUUUUAUUUCAUUGUUUCUCACUAGAAUGAAAACUGCAAGAGUCUAGGAAUUUUGGUCUUUGUUGAAUGGAUGAAAGGAUGGAUGAAUGAAUGAGUGAAUGAAUGAACAAAUGAAUGACAAUGUUUCCAAGUGUCAGGAAAGUCUCUGCAGUCUGCUGGGAGUGAGGGUGGCUGUGUGAUCUGGCAGGUAUGAGACUGGGGGUUCCAGGUCCAGUUCUGCCCCGAUUUGCUGUGUGACCUUGGGUAGGUCCCUUUCCCUCUCUGAACCUUUUUUUCAAGUAUAAUAAGGAGAGUGGCAUGGCAGAGUAUAAGGAAUACUGGCUCUGGAGUCAGACGGGGUCAAAUCCCCACUGGGACAUUUACUAUUGGUGAGGCCUUAGGCAAGUCACUUCUCUCUGAGCGUCUCCCCAUCUGUGAGGUGGGAUGGGGGUCAGAAAGAUACACAAGAUGCUGUGUGGUGAGCCCCUAGCACCUGACAAGUAGAAAAUGUUCAGUGAAUAAUCUUUACUCUUUUAAAAAGUACCCGAAGGGCUCAUCUGCCACUGGGCGUGGAAGAGGAUGGAGCCGUGGAGUCUCCUAACCCAGAGGGCCUGUCCUACCUCCCCUGGGCCCAGAUCUGGCCGAGGUUGCCCCUCUCGGGCAGCGGCUGCUUCCUCAGCAGGCGCUUGGCCUCUCGCUGGGUGGUCUGGGCGGGCGGGCUCAGCCAUGAGACCCCUGUGCCACAACCGUGGCUCUCCUCUCCCCACGCAGCAUUCAUCUGCAGCUUCAUGGUGGCCGCCCCCAUCUUCGGCUACCUGGGUGACCGCUUCAACAGGAAAGUGAUCCUCAGCUGCGGGAUUUUCUUCUGGUCGGCUGUCACGUUCUCCAGCUCCUUCAUCCCGCAGCAGAAAAUGCUAACAGAAACCAAUACGAGAAAGACAACCCAACAGAAAAAUAGGCAAAGGCUGUGGGCUGCUGCUUCUCCGGGACAGAAGCCCAGGCAAGGGGCCAGGAGAAGGAAGACUCAGAGAUGGAGGCACUUCUGGCUGCUGGUCCUGUCCCGCGGGCUGGUGGGCAUCGGUGAGGCCAGCUACUCCACCAUUGCGCCCACCAUCAUCGGCGACCUCUUCACCAAGAACACGCGCACACUCAUGCUGUCUGUCUUCUACUUCGCCAUCCCUCUGGGCAGCGGCCUGGGCUACAUCACCGGCUCCAGCGUGAAGCAGGCGGCCGGAGACUGGCACUGGGCCUUGCGGGUGUCCCCCAUCCUGGGCAUGAUCACAGGAACGCUCAUCCUCGUCCUGGUCCCGGCCACUAGGAGAGGCCACGCUGACCAGCUCGGGGGGCAGCUCAAGGCCCGGACGUCAUGGCUCCGAGACAUGAAGGCCCUGAUCCGCAACCGCAGCUACGUCUUCUCCUCCCUGGCCACGUCAGCUGUGUCCUUCGCCACAGGGGCCCUGGGCAUGUGGAUCCCGCUCUACCUGCAUCGCGCCCAAGUCGUGCAGAAGGCGGCGGAGACGUGCAGCAGCCCGCCCUGUGCGGCCAAGGACAGCCUCAUCUUCGGGGCCAUCACCUGCUUUACGGGUUUUCUCGGGGUGGUCACGGGCGCAGGAGCCACACGCUGGUGCCGCCUGCGGACCCAGCGGGCUGACCCGCUGGUGUGCGCUGUGGGUAUGCUGGGCUCCGCCAUCUUCAUCUGCCUCAUCUUCGUGGCGGCCAAGAGCAGCAUCGUGGGGGCCUAUAUCUGCAUUUUUGUAGGGGAGACGCUGCUGUUUUCUAACUGGGCCAUCACAGCGGACAUCCUCAUGUAUGUGGUCAUCCCCACCAGACGGGCCACCGCCGUUGCCCUGCAGAGCUUCACCUCCCACCUGCUGGGGGAUGCCGGAAGCCCCUACCUCAUUGGCUUUAUCUCCGACGUGAUCCGCCAGAGCACCAAGGACUCCCCGCUCUGGGAGUUCCUGAGCCUGGGCUACGCCCUCAUGCUCUGCCCCUUCGUCGUGGUCCUGGGUGGCAUGUUCUUCCUGGCCACCGCGCUCUUCUUCCUCAGCGACCGCGCCAAGGCUGAGCAGCAGUGCUACUGGGAUAAUGAAGAACCCUGGCUCCUACCUAGUCUGGGAGGUGUCCCCCGACGCCCUGGCCCCGUAGGGCUGUCCCGAAGCUUUCCAUGUGACCCACAGCUGGGUGCCCACCGGCUCUGCUCUGGGACUGCUGAGUGGCCUUGGCUCCAAGAAGCUGUGUCCUCAGCUAACCUGGAAGGCUGUGUGUGCUGGAGCCAUGCGCUGGGACAGACCCCCAGGCCUGGGUCUGGGCUGCAGGGGCCCUGGGCCCCAGGAAGACGACAGCCCACUGUGGGUAUGUGGGGAGAGGCCGGCCUGUCCCCGGCUUAUGUGAUCCUGGGGCAAUCUCUGCCCUCCCCAGACUCUGGGGCCGGGGGGCUGGACUUUCCCGCACAGCUUGCUGGGCAAGGCGUCAUCUGCAGCUUUGAAGACACGACACCCCGUGGACUGCACAGAGAAGGGGUGGCCCAAGCCUCAGGGCGGCACUUCCGGCUCUGAGGCUCCCUGAAGCGCCUGGGGCGUGAGGACUGCAGCCUGUCAGCUGGGCCUCUGACCUUGUGGACGUUGGACUCAACCUGGCAGAGCCGGGCACCCAAGUUGCUGGUCGCUCUGGAGGACAUCUGUCUCUGCUGCCUUGGGCUGGCUGUCAGCUCGGAGAUCUCCCAGGUGGGGGACCAUCCUGACAGGGAGCUGGCAUUACCAGGAGUGAAGGCCCUGGUGGCAGCUACACCCCACCUGUGCCCCAGGCUUGAGACCUUUGGGGGUUCCCCAUGCCUACAGGGCUCCUUGGAUCCACCAUAGCACCCCCACCCCCCAGAAGCCAGGAACUGACUCUGGCCCGCAGGCUGGGCCCUUUCCAGGGGCAGCGCCCAGGGGACAAUUCCCAGAAUCUGUGGGGCAGCAGCCAGAGCUCUGGCCGUCAGAGGAAGCAGCCCUCCACUAAGCUUCCUGGCCCAGGGCCGAGCCUGGUGGGAGCGGAGGCACA